GGUCGGGGUCCCUCCCCCUGGCGCGGGCUCAGGAAUCCGCCGAAGGGCGGGCGGAGGCGCCGGGGUGGGCCGCGCCGCGGCAGGCGGGCGGGCGGGGGGCGCUUCCUGGGGCCGCGCGUCCAGGGAGCUGUGCCGUCCGCCGGUCCGUCUGCCCGCAGGCACUGCCCGAGCCAGCUGAGCCUCCGGAGCCGCGGGCCGCAGGGCCGUCGCAGGCCCAAGCCCAGGAUGCUCCCCUUCGCCUCCUGCCUCCCCGGGUCUCUACUGCUCUGGGCGCUGCUGCUCUUGCUCUUGGGGACAGCGUCUCCCCAGGAUUCCGAGGAGCCGGACAGCUACACGGAAUGCACAGAUGGCUAUGAGUGGGACCCAGACAGCCAGCACUGCCGAGAUGUCAACGAGUGUCUGACCAUCCCUGAGGCCUGCAAGGGGGAAAUGAAAUGCAUCAACCACUACGGGGGCUACUUGUGCCUACCCCGCUCAGCUGCCGUCAUCAACGACCUACAUGGCGAGGGGCCCCCACCACCAGUGCCUCCCACUCAACACCCCAACCCCUGUCCACCAGGCUAUGAGCCCAACGAUCAGGAGAGUUGCGUGGAUGUGGACGAGUGUGCCCAGGCCCUGCAUGACUGUCGCCCCAGCCAGGAUUGCCAUAACUUGCCUGGCUCCUACCAGUGCACCUGCCCUGAUGGCUACCGCAAGAUCGGGCCCGAGUGUGUGGACAUAGACGAGUGCCGCUACCGCUACUGCCAGCACCGCUGCGUGAACCUGCCCGGCUCCUUUCGCUGCCAGUGCGAGCCAGGCUUCCAGCUGGGGCCCAACAACCGCUCCUGUGUGGAUGUGAACGAGUGUGACAUGGGGGCCCCAUGUGAGCAGCGCUGCUUCAACUCCUAUGGGACCUUCCUGUGUCGCUGCCACCAGGGCUAUGAGCUGCACCGCGAUGGCUUCUCCUGCAGCGACAUUGACGAGUGCAGCUAUUCCAGCUAUCUCUGCCAGUACCGCUGCGUCAACGAGCCAGGCCGCUUCUCCUGCCAGUGCCCACAGGGCUACCAGCUGCUGGCCACACGCCUCUGCCAAGACAUCGACGAGUGUGAGUCAGGCGCGCACCAGUGCUCCGAGGCCCAAACCUGCGUCAACUUCCAUGGGGGCUACCGCUGCGUGGACACCAACCGCUGUGUGGAGCCCUAUGUCCAGGUGUCGGACAACCGCUGCCUCUGUCCGGCCUCCAACCCCCUGUGUCGAGAGCAGCCUUCGUCCAUUGUGCACCGCUACAUGACCAUCACCUCGGAGCGGAGUGUGCCCGCUGACGUGUUCCAGAUCCAGGCGACCUCCGUCUACCCUGGCGCCUACAAUGCCUUUCAGAUCCGUGCUGGAAACUCACAGGGGGACUUCUACAUUAGGCAAAUCAACAAUGUCAGCGCCAUGCUGGUCCUCGCCCGGCCAGUGACGGGUCCCCGGGAGUACGUGCUAGAUCUGGAGAUGGUCACCAUGAACUCCCUCAUGAGCUACCGGGCCAGCUCUGUACUGAGACUCACCGUCUUCGUGGGGGCCUACACCUUCUGAGGAGGGGGAAGGGGUCACCCUCCCCACAGCCCCCUAUAGCCGAGAAGCCUGGGGCUCAGGGAUGACUGUGAUCUGCUAAAAGGGAAGCUGUUAUUGUGAAGGACAGAGAGAAAGGCAAUAAAGGGAGAAAGAAGGAGUGCUGGUGGCCGAGGAGGGCGGGUCACACUGCAGUGAGCCUCAGACUGGGCAAGGGGUUGGGCCCAUGGGAGGCAGACCAAAUCCUAAAGGGGAGCUCUGUGCUUAGGACCCGGGGCCCCACUGAUGGGAGCUGGGACCUUUGGACCACAG